AUGAGUGACUGCUGCUGCUCCCCUUGCUGCCAGCCCACAGGCUGCAGGACCACCUGCUGCAGGACCACCUGCUGGCCCUGCUGCUGUGUGUCCAGCUGUUGCCAGCCUUGCUGCCAGCCCAGCUGCUGUGGGUCUAGUGGCUGUGGGUCCAGCUGCUGCCAGCCCAGCUGCUGUGGGACCACCUGCUGCAAGACCACCUGCUGGAAACCAGCCKGUGUCACCAGCUUCUGCAGCACACCCUGCUGUCCACCCAGUUGCUGUGUUAAAACCACCUGUGACAGCUGCUGCCAGCCCUGCUGUCCACCCAGCUGCUGUGAAUCCAGAUGCUUCCAGCCUUGCUAUCCCCCAAUUUGCUGUGAAACCACCUGCUGCAAGACCACCUGCUGCAAGCCAACCUGUGUGGUCAGCUGCUGCAGCACACCCUGCUGUGAGCCCAGCUGCUGUGAGCCUUGCUGCUGCCCCAGUUGCUGGAUCAUCCCCUGCUGCCAGCCCUGCUGCCCUCCUACUUGCUCUCAAACCACCUGCUGUAGGACCACCUGCUCCAAAAAGUCCCAUACCACCAGCUGUAGCACACCCUGCUGUCCACUCAGCUGCUCUGGGUCCAGCUGCUGUAAUAAAACCAGCAGUGGAUCCAGCUGCUGCCAGCCCUGCUGUCCCCCAGCUUGCUGGGAUAUCAUCUGCUGCAAGACCACCUGCUGCAAGCCAACCUGUGUGUAUAACUUCCUUAACAAACAUAAACUGAAUAUGGAAAAUAACAUAAACAACAACAAGAUGAAGGGCUGCAGUUUGGCCCAAACUCUGGAGGCCCCUGGGAUAAAAGAGCCCAAUGGCAAGGAGUCAUCAUAUUGUACAAACUCACUCACCUGUGAACAGGAUCCCACCCUCCACACCUCACAACAUGGCCUGCUCCUGCUGCUCCUCUUGCUGCAAGCCUACCUGCUGCAGGACUACCUGCUGCAGGACCACCUGCUACAAGCCAACCUCUGUGGUCAGCUGCUGCAACACACCCUGCUGUGA